AUGGCGAAUCUCGAUCCCGAGGACGACUACACAGAUAUGGUUUACACUCCUCCCCUCUCGACCCGCUCUCGCUCAAACAGCAGGUUGCGAAGGCCCCAACAGCCACCACAGGCAGAGCUUAAGCAAUUCUGGGAGCAGUUUAACUCUAGCUUUCCUGGAAAGGUGUACACAGUACUGCCAGACAAUCCGUAUGCACGCUCCAAGGCGGCACGAGUCCCCAAAGGCAUCGUCAAGGGACAAGCUGCCCGCAAGUCCUACGAUGAAGCUCGGGAAGAGUGUAAACGGGCCGUCACUCGUAUUGCAAAGGAAUGCAGACGCCUCAACCAGAAGUAUUCGGACCCUCAUUUUGAUAUCGAAAUGGAUUUGAAAGAGGGAACACGGAAUUGCUUAGAUGGGCUUGACAAGCGAAACGAUGCGAUGCGCCCACAAGGAGUGAAGAGAGUGACUGAGAUCUUUGAGAAACCUCAGUUCUAUGUUAACGGGCCAACAGCCUCAGAUGUACGCCAGGGUCGCGACGGCGAUUGCUGGUUCAUGGCUGCGCUUUGUACAAUGGGAAACAAGGAGGAGUUAAUUGAGAAGGUCUGUGUUCAUCGGGACGAACAGGUCGGCGUCUAUGGGUUUGUGUUCUACAGAGACGGCGACUGGCAACAAUGUAUUGUGGAUGAUAAGCUUUACUUACGGGCUGCUGACUAUGACGAGUCGGUCGAGGAGCGCCCCGUUUGGGAUAACAUCGUCCGCAAAGAUGCCGAGGAAGAAUAUCGCAGGGUCUUCCAGACAGGAUCGCGGGCUUUGGAAUUCGCACAAUGUGUAGACGAAAACGAGACCUGGCUCCCGCUGCUGGAGAAGGCGUAUGCCAAGGCACAUGGUGAUUACUCUGCUAUCGAAGGAGGCUUCGUCGGUGAGGCAGUUGAAGAUUUGACUGGUGGUGUGACAUCUGAUUUUCUCACCAACAAUAUACUGGACAAGGAUAGGUUCUGGAAUGAAGAGCUUAUGAAAGUCAACAAAGAGUUCCUGUUUGGCUGUGGCACUGGCCUAUAUUCGAACUGGCUUACUCCGAACCAUCGCGGACCUCCAAGAGACAGGAAGGGCAUCGCCGAAGGCCACUCCUAUUCUAUCAUGGAUGUGAAGGAGAUUGACGGUGUGCGCUUGGUAAAACUACGGAACCCAUGGGGAAAGAAAGAAUGGAGUGGUGCUUGGAGCGACGGAUCCGAGCAGUGGACACCUGAGUGGAUGCAGAAGCUAAACCAUAAAUUUGGCAAUGAUGGUUUCUUCUGGAUCUCGUACGAGGACCUACUCAAGAAGUAUCAACAUUUUGAUCGCACCCGAUUGUUCGGGGACGAAUGGACGAUUACGCAGCAGUGGACGAGCCUGAACGUACCUUGGUCUGCAGACUACCACACGACCAAAUUCAGGCUGAACGUGACUAAGGCUGGUCCUGUUGUCAUCGUUCUGUCUCAGCUGGACACACGCUAUUUCAAGGGCCUCAUUGGUGAAUAUAGCUUUGUUCUGAAGUUCCGUCUCGAGAAAGAGGGUCAAGAUGAUUAUAUUGUGCGAAGCGUCAACAACUCCCUGAUCUCGCGCUCCACCAAUGCGGAGGUCGACCUUGAACCCGGAUCCUACCAUGUUCUCAUGAAGAUCACAGCCUACCGGCAUGGCAACGUGUCUACCGAAGAAACGGUCAGACGCCUUGCACCUGAGCAACGUGAAAAGCUGGUGCAAAUUGGCCUCUCAUACGACCUCGCACAUGCUAAAGGCAUCGUCCACGAGACUGACGCUGAACGGAGAGAACGAGAGGACCGCGAAUACCAUCGCAAGGUCGCGGAACGAAAGAAGCUGCGCGAUGAGACACAAAAGAAGCGCCAACGCGAGUGGAUCCGCAAUCAGAAGCUCAAGGCGCGCGAGCAGCGGAGGCAAGAAAGACUACUCGCAGCGAAAGCGGCUAAACUUCAGAUCUCCGACCAGCAUACUGAAACUGAGCCUGAGCGAGUCCUCGCUGACAGCCCCGUGGAAUCGCCCUCUGAUAUUAACGGCCACGCAAAUGGCGUCAUGCCAAAGCAUGCUACCAACGGCUCAGUCCCAAGCAUCAGAUUUGAUGAGUCACACACAGAGCUCACACCUCCGUCUUCGCAUGAUACAUACUCGCGAUCUAGCCGCCACCGCUCAACCAACUCCCUUUGCCGUCGCCGCCGAAGCACCCACCAUCGUGACCAAGACUGGCUGGAGGGAUUCGAGUUCGACUCGGAUAUUGAUAUGCCUCAUGAUGAGCCUCUUGUGAUUAGACCGCCUAGCACGCAGACAUCGUUUAGCGAGGCUGACAGCACGACUGACCCGUGGAACGCGGUGUGCGUGGUCGGGCUACGGGUGUACUCAAAGGACGAGAGAUUGUCUCUCGAGGUGGUCCGUCCUAUUCCUGACACUGAAACCGAGGCUGCGCUCGACAUCGAUGACCCGGCUCUUAGUGCAACAUCUGAAAAGGGAUCGCGGCUGUUCGCGAUGCAGUUUGAAUAA